AUGCCCGACGAGGACCCCACCCCCGCGUCCGCGUCCGCGUCCGCGUCCGCGUCCACGUCGCGCGGCGGCGUCGCGUCCAUCCCCCCGUCGCGCCUCCUGUCCUCCCUCCACGCGGACUUCAUCCAGCGCGCGUCCUCGGACGACGACGCCAUCGAGUCCGCGCUGACCGAUCACCUCCGCGUCUCCGGCGCGUACUGGGGCCUCACCGCGAUGGCGCUGCUCGGACGCCUGGACGAGAUGGAUCGGGACGGCGUCUUGGCGUGGCUGGCGCGAUGCUACGACGCGAAGAAAGGCGGGUACGGCGGGAACGAGGGCCACGACGCGCAUCUGUUGUACACGCUCAGCGCGGUGCAGAUCUACGCGCUGUUCGAUCGUAUGGACCUCGUCGACGCGGACGCGGUCGCGGCGUUCGCGGGCUCGCUGCAGCGCGACGACGGAAGCUUCGCGGGGGACGAGUGGGGGGAGAUCGACACGCGGUUCUCGUACUGCGCGCUGUGCCUGUGCAAGCUGUGCGGACGAAUGGACGCGAUCGACGUCGACGCCGCGGCGGCUUUCGUGGACCGCUGCAAGAACUGGGACGGCGGCUACGGCGCCGAGCCGGGGGGCGAAUCGCACGCCGGGCAGAUCUUCGUGUGCGUCGCCGCGCUGGAGAUCGCGGGAGGGGACGCGCCGGGGACGAUCGACCGCGAGGCGCUCGGGUGGUGGCUGUGCGAGAGGCAGGUCAAGGCUGGCGGUUUAAACGGCAGGCCGGAGAAGUUGCCGGACGUGUGCUACGGCUGGUGGGUGCUCUCCGCGUUGUCCAUACUGAAUAAGCUCGAGUGGAUCGACGCGGACGCGCUCGCGAGGUUUAUUCUCGACGCGCAGGAUGGUGAGAAGGGGGGGAUCGCGGAUCGACCGAGCGACGAGCCGGACGUGUUUCACACGUUUUUCGGCGUCGCCGGGCUGUCGCUGCUCGGGUUCGAAGGGUUGAGACGGAUCGACCCGACGUACGCGCUGCCCGCGGACGUCGUCCAGAGGAUGGGGUUGCGCGAGACGUAG